GGUCGGGGGCUUCGCUCGCUUUCCCGCUCCAUCGUCCGUCUGGCCUUCCGCCUGCUGAACGGUUGCAGCGUGGAGCUCCCCGGCCCAGCCAUGUCCUACUGCCGUCAGGAAGGAAAGGACCGCAUUAUAUUUGUGACCAAAGAAGACCACGAGACUCCAAGCAAUGCUGAGUUGGUAGCGGAUGAUCCCAACGACCCUUAUGAAGACCACGGAUUGAUUCUGCCAAAUGGCGAUAUUAAUUGGAAUUGCCCGUGCCUCGGGGGAAUGGCCAGUGGCCCCUGUGGGGAACAGUUCAAAUCGGCCUUCUCCUGCUUCCAUUACAGCAAAGAAGAAGUAAAGGGAUCUAAUUGCAUAGAUGAGUUUCGGGCCAUGCAGGAAUGCAUGCAGAAGUAUCCAGACCUCUAUCCUCGGGAAGAUGAGGAGGAAGAAGAGAAGGCAAGUGGAGAGCCUCAGCCCCCUCCUGCAGAGGAGAAGGUAGCCAAAGAAGAGGAAAAAUUGAAGUAAUAAAAGCAGAGGGAGGAAUGGGUCUCCCUCUAGUCCUUCAAGUUCAGAGAUAUGGACCUUAGACAAAAUGUCUUCUACUUUGUUGUCAAGAAGUGACUUACCACUUCAGGUUAUGUGCACUAUAUUGAAAUAAGUUAUUUUGUUGGCAAGGGUCUUCUAUCCAAUGGCAGAAGCGUUGGAAAUCAAGGUGGAGCGUGCAUGCGUACUUGUCAGCAGACGUAACCACUGCUUUUGACCUCUUUUCGUUCUCCAGAGCACCCCGAGUUUGCCAUCUGGUUACCAUGUUCACACCGACCCAGACAGAUGCCAUGGCAUCAGUCAAUCAGUUAAUUGUAUUUAUUUGCAGUAGUGUGCGGAGCACUGUAUUAAGUCAUUAGGAGAAUACAAUCGGACCUCAUCAGGCUCUGCACUUGAAUCUGGUCUCAAUCUUUAAUGUAUUUAGAAAGUCUUUAUAGGGACUAUGAAGUAUCGUAUUGAAGAGGGUUGGUAUUUGAACUGCUGCAUUUUCAAGAAAGCAAUCUCUGAUAUCACAUUAUGCAAAAGGAAACUCUUUUGAGUUCUCAUUCUCAAUAAAAUCUGGGAAACAAAUGUGAUUGUACAGAAAGUAUGCAUUGAACUCUCAUUUGGCAAGCAGAAAUUUGCAGCUGCAUUGAGCACCGUCCAGUUGGAAUUCCAAAGUGUUAGAAAAAUGCCAAUCACUAUGUUCAUUGUUGUUCAGGAAGUGCUGGUUUAGAACCUUGUUCUGUCUUAACAAUCUGAGUGGUGGAGACUGUUACAUGAAGUCACUACUUCAUGGAAAAUAUGUGAAUUUAAGUGCACAUUAAAAGAAAAUAUUUUCAUCUGG